AUGUCACUAUUAUUAAUCGAAGGUCCAAAAUUUCCAUUCUUUAAUUUCGAAUUUUCGUCAAAUGCUUCUUUCCAUUUGUCGGAAAGAUUCAUUAUAAAUAAUCAGCCAAUCUAUUUAUAUUAUCAACCUGGUUUUAAUAUUAAUGAAGAGGAUGAAUGUAAUCUCGACAAUUUAUUAAAUCAUGAACCGCUGGAACACACUAUCUAUACCUCCACAAGUGUUUGGGAUGCUAGUUUGAUUCUUUCAAAAUUUCUUGAGAAACAAUUUCGUCAAAAUAAAAUCAAUUUUAAAGAAAAAAGAUUUAUUGAACUUGGAUCUGGGAAAUCAAUUCCAUCACUAACUUCUUUAAUCCUAGGCGCAAAACAUGUCACGAUAACAGAUGUGCCACAAGUGAUUCCUCAAAUAAAAAAAACCAUUGAAUUGAAUGGGUUAUUUAAUAAAUCUGUAAAAGUUGAACCUUUGGAUUGGAUGAAUGGAAAAGAAUAUCUAAAAAUUUUAAAUAAUGAUCAAUGGGAUUAUAUCUUGGGAGCUGAUAUUGUAUGGGUUGAUUACUUGAUUAAACCGUUAAUUGAAACCAUUGAUGCUUUAUCAACACCUUCGUAUACUAAACUCAUACUUUCCCAUCAAUCGCGUGCUACGAGAUCUGACAACCUCUUUUUUAAUGGCUUAAAGGGUUUAGGUUGGAAGCUUGAUAAAAUCUCGCAUAACGAAUUAAAUUGGGAAGAAGGUUUCUUGAAAGAUAAUGUUGAGAUUUAUUGUGGAUAUAAAGAAUAG